AUGACUGCAUCCGCUUCCAAACGCAAUCCCCUCCCUCACGGAGUCUACGUCCCCACUGUGGCCUUCUUCAAGCCCGAUGAAGAAGUCGACCUGGCCACCGUCGAGACACACGCCGCUUACCUCGCCCGCAGCGGUGUCACAGGCCUAGUGACCCAGGGUAGCAAUGGAGAAGCCGUCCACCUGGACCGCGAGGAGCGCAAAGCCAUCACAGCCGCCACCCGCCGCGCCGUCGACGCCGCCGGCUACCCCAACAUGCCCGUGAUCGCAGGUUGCGGCGCCGCCUCCACCCGCGAGACCAUCCAAUUCUGUCAGGAUUCCGGAGUCGCGGGCGCCGAUGCGGUCCUCGUCCUCCCACCCAGCUACUACAAGGCGCUGGUCAGCACCGAGUCGAUGCGCGCGCACUUCCGCGCUGUGGCCGACGCCUCGCCCGUUCCAGUCCUGAUCUACAACUUCCCCGGUGUGCAAUCCGGACUGGACCUCAGUUCCGACGAUAUCCUCACCCUGGCCGAGCACCCCAAUAUCAUUGGGUGUAAGCUCACGUGCGGCAACACGGGCAAGCUGGCUCGUGUGGCGGCGGGGAAACCAGAGUUCCUGACCUUUGGAGGUUCAGCCGACUUCACCCUCCAGACACUUGUUGCGGGCGGUGCUGGUAUUAUCGGCGGUGUGGCUAAUAUGAUCCCCCGGUCGUGUGUGCGGGUGAUGGAGCUCUACCGCGCCGGAAAGGUGACUGAGGCACAGAAGCUGCAGGGGAUCGUUGCCCGUGCCGACUGGGCCGCGAUCCACGGGGGGUUCAUUGCGGUCAAGAGUGGAUUGCAGUCUUAUCGUGGAUACGGUGGGCUUCCUCGACGGCCAUGUGUGGUGCCUUCUGCAAAGGAGGUGGCGGCCAUUCAUGAGGAGUUCCGUGAGGGGAUGGAAUUGGAGAAAUCACUGGAGGUGUAA